AUGGCUGACAAAACAUGGAGAUCUCCUGAAGCCUUCUUCUCUCCAUCUUCUUCUCCUCAUUCCAAUUGGAAUAUUUAUGAUGUUUUCUUGAGUUUCAAAGGUGAAGAUACGCGCAAAAACUUCACCGACCACCUCAACUUAGCUUUGAGAGAUGUUGGAAUCAACACCUUCAAAGAUGACAACGAGCUCCAAAGAGGAAAAGAUCUUGCGUCCGAACUGUUACAUGCAAUUCGAGGGUCCAGAAUCUGUGUCAUUGUUUUCUCAAGAAACUUUGCCGCUUCAAGGUGGUGCAUGGAAGAACUUGUAGAGAUCAUGGAGUGCCGAAGAACUACAAGAAAGCUGGUUUUGCCUAUAUUCUAUGAUGUUGACCCGUCAGAGGUGAAAAACCAGACGGGUAGUUUUGCAGAAGCAUUCACAAAACAUGAAGAGUGCUACUUAUCGGACAUGGGCAAAGUACUCAAGUGGAGAAAAGCUCUUCAUGAAGCCGGUAAUUUGUCAGGGUGGGAUCUACGAAGAAUUGUAGACGGGCAUGAAGCCAAGUUUAUCAGGAAAAUUGUUGAGGAGAUUUCAAGAGAAUUGAAUAGCACACACUUGUUCAUAGCACUCUACCCAGUUGGAGUAGAUUCUCGUGUGCAAGAGAUGGCUUUUUGGUUAAAUGUCAGAGCCGACGAUAUUCGCAUGAUAGGAAUUUUGGGAAUGGGCGGAAUUGGAAAAACAACCAUUGCUAAAGCCAUAUAUAACCAAUUUGUUCAUGAAUUUGAAGGUAAAAGUUUUCUUGCAAAUGUAAGGGAAACUUUCAAGGAACCUAGGGGCCGCGUUCGUCUCCAAGAACAACUUAUUUCCGACAUAUUGAAGAUAAGCGAGAUAAAGAUAAAUAGUGUUGAGAAAGGAAUCAAUAUAAUAAAAGAAAGACUUUGUAAUAAAGCAAUACUUCUAAUACUUGAUGAUGUAGACCAGAUGGAGCAACUGAAUGCCAUAGCUAGAAGGCGUGAAUGGUUUGGUUCAGGAAGUAGAAUUAUUAUAACAACCAGAGAUGAGCAUUUGCUAAAGGAGCUAGAAGUUGAUAGCAUAUACACAGUUACAACAAUGAAUGACAAUGAAUCUCUUGAGCUCUUUAGUUGGCAUGCCUUUAGGAACAGUUAUCCUACUAAAGAUUAUACUGACUUGUCAAGAAGCGUCGUUGCUUAUUGUGGAGGAUUGCCGCUGGCUCUCGAAGUUUUAGGCUCACAUUUAUUCUCUAGGAGCAUCCCAGAAUGGAAAAGUGCAUUAGAUAAACUGAAAAAGAAUCCUCAUGAUCAAAUUCAAAGCAAACUUAGAAUAAGCUUCGAUGCACUAAGCGACAAUAUUGAAAAGGAUAUAUUCCUUGACAUAUCUUGCUUCUUUAUUGGAAUGGACAAAGACUAUGUUGUACAAAUAUUGGAUGGUUGUGGUUUUUUUGCAGAGAUUGGAAUUAGUAUCCUCAUUCAGCGGUGUCUUCUUAAAGUUAGCAAGGCAAACAAGUUUACAAUGCAUGAUUUGCUUCGAGACAUGGGAAGACAAAUUGUUCGUGAAAAAUGGCCCAAUGAACCCAAGAAAUGGAGUAGAUUAUGGCUUAAUGAGGAUGCAUUUGAUAUAUAUAUUGACAAAGGAACAAAAGCAAUUGAAGGACUUACUUUAGAAUUGCCGAGUUUAAAUAAGGUGAAUUUCAAUUCAAGAGCAUUUAUAAAUAUGCAAAGACUGAGAUUACUUCAACUUGAUCAUGUACAACUCACUGGAGACUAUAAAUAUCUUCCCAAAGAAUUAAGGUGGCUCCGUUGGCAUGGAUUCCCUCUAAAGUGUAUGCCAAACGACUUUUAUCCAAGAAACCUAGUUGUGAUUGACUUGCAAUAUAGUAAUCUCAGACAAGUUUGGAAAGUUCCCAAGCAGUUGUUUGAGAAGAUGAAAAUUAUAAAUCUCAGUCAUUCGCAUUAUCUGAGCCAGACCCCUGACUUUUCAAGACUCCCCAAUCUUGAGCAAUUAAUACUCGAAGAUUGUACAAGUUUGUUUGAGGUUCACCACUCCAUUGGAGAUCUUAGUAAUCUUGUUUUGGUGAAUUUGAAAGAUUGCAAAUGCCUUAAAUGUCUGCCAAGGAGUUUCUAUAAGUUGAAGUCUCUUGAAACUCUUAUUCUUUCUGGGUGUUCUAAAAUUGACAAUUUGGCUGACGACUUGGGGGAGAUUGAAUCCUUGAUAACUCUUUGUGCAGAUAGAACUGCUAUAAGACAAGUGCCUUUUACCAUAGUGCAACUAAAGAACCUCAAAUAUUUAUCUCUAUGUGGGUGUAAAGGAUCACCGUCUAAGUCAUUGCCUUCACUAUUUUGGUCCUGGAUAUCACCAAGGAAAUGCCUCGACUCAAACAAUCUAUUGCCCACUGCACUACAAGGCUUGAACUCACUAACACAUUUAUGUCUCAAGAAGUGCAAUUUAUCAGAUGACACAAUUCCUACAGAUCUUUGGAGUUUAUGUUCUCUUCAAAUUUUAGAUUUAAGAUCCAAUAAUUUCGAAAGCCUACCAUCAAGCCUAAGUGGUCUUUUGAAGCUUGAAAAGCUUAGAUUGGAUAGUUGCAGAAAGCUUAAAUCAAUUCCGAAUUUACCACCAAGCUUGAUUUCUCUACGUGCAGAAAACUGCACGGCGCUAGAAAGAAUGCCGAAUCUCUCAAUGCUCUCAAAUAUGCUUGGCUUGUUCCUUACCAACUGCCGUAAAUUAUUUGAAAUUCCAGGUCUGGAAAAGAGGUCAAACCCCAUUAGAUUUGUUGACAUGGGAGGGUGCAGAAAUCUAACAAAUACUUCUAAGCAAAGCUUUCUACAGGAAUGGGCUACGCUUGGAACAUAUAAUGCGUUUGGCAUUUUUCUCCCCGGCAAUCAAAUUCCUGAUUGGUUCACACAUAAGGGUGAGGGACCCUCUAUACGUUUUGAAGUACAUAUUGAUGAUCAGAUGCUGAAAGGGUUUGGUAUAUGUGUUGUCUUUUCAUCACGUGUUCUAGUAUUAUGUUCAUAUAGAGGUAAAAUGUCAAUUAUCAACCAUACCAAAAAUAAUAUUCUGGCCUAUCAAUUGCCAGAAUCAAGUCCUGGCCCAUUCCCCAAGGGAGAUCAUCUAUUGCUACGCAAUUUUCAAAUUACAAAAGAUUUUGAGGAUGGUGAUGAAGUUGAGAUGUUUAUAGAUUGGGGACCUGAUACCAUUGUUAAAAAUAUAGGGGUUUGUCUACUAUAUGAUGGAGUUGGGGUUGCGGAUGGAAAUGAAUCAAAGGGGAUCUCCAAAAAGAGAAAAAGAGGAUCUCCAAAUCAAAUUAAUGAUUCACAAAUUUUACUGAAAAAGCUUGCUGCAGAGGAGAAUGAGUACUAUUUAUUUUAUUCUUUUAUGAGGAGGUACCAAAAGUUUCGUUUUGAAUAG